UAAAGACAGGAACAAAUAAAAAAACACCAAGCCGACAACAAUCUCGACGAGAGCUGCCCCCAUCUUGAGAGGCCUCCAGUUGUGACGCAUUUGAUAAGGUGACCGCUUUGAGGCCGCCUGCACCCAUUUCUGCACACAUUGUCCAAGGAGAGAGGCACAGUCACUUCCAGGCCCUUCUGGGAAAAAAAAUUCUCUUGAAAGAUUUUUCUCAACCAAGGAAUAUCAAAGGAAGUGCAUCCCAAUUGUAGUGGUGGAAUCAAAAGCAGCGCUAUGGAAACUUUGGAUGCUUCCACUCUAUCAGCUUCAGCUGUCAGCUAUGACCCUAAAACUGAGGCCGUGACGUUGCCGGGAGGCGUUGUCUCUGUGGCUGGCAUCGCCGUGGUAACCGGCGGCGUGGAGCUGUCCUGCGGCUCGUGCAUGCUGGCCUUCGGCUUUUGGGGCACGCUCAUCGGCUUCAGCUGCGUGGGCGUGGGUGCGUGGGACCAGCUGAACCACUUCAGUGAAGGAACCUCUCACUUACUGGCGCUGGGACUGGUGAUCCUGGCCCUCAGUAUUGCUGUGGUCGGGAGCGUGGUGGCCUUCUACGUCCUGACCAAGAGGAGGAGGGAGAUGAGGCGUAGAAAGAGGCAGGAUGGCAAGGAAGUACUUGUGCAGCAGAAUGUAGUUAAACGCCUCACGGUGUAAUUGACAGAUGAAAGAGAUUUAUAUUUGAUUGUGUAAUUAAAAUAAAUGUUAAGCAGACGUUCCUCUUGA